GUGCCGUAAAUAGACGACUGAUCGGCGCUUCGAACUCGGGAGUGAGGUGCAGGCUGUGCUCGCGUUCUCGUCCGUCUGUGAUUUUGUUUAUUUUCUCGCUGCUCGGACUGGGAUGCGGUAACCGACCCGAGUACCCGACACCAAGAUGCCCGUCUUCCACACAAAGACCAUCGAGAGCAUUUUGGACCCUGUCGCCCAGCAGGUGUCCCGACUGGUGAUCCUCCAUGAGGAAGCCGAAGAUGGCAACGCCAUGCCGGACCUGGAGCGUCCGGUGCAGGCGGUCAGCAGGGCGGUGGCCAACCUUGUCAAGGUGGGUCGCGACACGAUCAACUCGAGCGACGACGCCAUCCUGAAGCAGGACAUGCCCGCCGCCCUGCACAGGGUGGAGGGCGCGUCCCGGCUGCUCGAGGACGCGUCCAGCAUGCUCAAGCACGACCCCUACUCAGGUCCUGCUCGCAAGAAGCUGAUCGAGGGCUCCAGGGGCAUCCUGCAGGGCACGUCGGCCCUGCUGCUCUGCUUCGACGAGUCUGAGGUGCGCAAGAUCAUCAGGGAGUGCAAGAAGGUGCUCGACUACCUGGCCGUAGCUGAAGUCAUCGAGACCAUGGAGGACCUCGUGCAGUUCCUCAAGGACCUCAGUCCCUGCCUCAGCAAAGUGUCGAGGGAAGUGAGCGCACGAGAGAAAGAACUCACCCACCAAGUGCACAGGGAGAUCCUUGUCAGGUGCCUCGAGCAGGUCAAAACCCUGGCUCCGAUCCUCAUCUGCAGCAUGAAAAUCUUCAUCCACAUCAUCUCGCAGGGUGGAAAAGGCGCUGACGAGGCAGCCGAGAACAGGAACUACCUGGCACAGAGGAUGACGGACGAGAUCAACGAGAUAAUUCGAGUGCUGCAGCUUACCACCUACGACGAGGAGGAGUGGGACGCUGACGACCUGACCGUGAUGAAGAAGGCGCAGAACGCCAUUGACUCGAAAAUGCAGGCCUCGCACGACUGGCUUGGGGAUCCGCUGGCUCUGCAGGGCGGCAUUGGGGAGAAAUCCGUGCGGCAAAUCCUGGGCCACGCGCACAAAGUGGCUGAGCGGUCGCUGCCUGGCGAUGCAGGCGACGUUCGCAAGCUCGUGGGCGACAUCACCGCGAUGACGGACGCCCUUUGCGAGCUGCGAGCGUCCGGCAAAGGCGCCACUCCGCAGGCGCAGUCGCUCAGCCACGGCAUCCACGAGAAACUGUGCGAGCUGCAGCGGCUGGUCGGACGCUCGGUCAGCGGCGUCGAGCGCUGCGGCAUGGCCCAGCCGGCGCACACCGUCUCUGGCCGUCUCGAGCAGGCCAGGCGCUGGCUCGCGCAUCCGGACAGGGACGACCGCGGACUCGGACAACGCGCCAUCGCACUCAUCGUCGAGGAGGGCAAAAAGGUGGCGGAGGGGCUGCCUGGGGCGCACAAGGCCGAAAUCCUGGGCCUGUGCGACGAGGUGGACGUGCUGUCGCGCCAGCUGGGCGAGCUUUGCCGCGCCGGCCAAGGCAACAGCGAACACGCGCUCGCAAUCGCACGCAACCUCUCGCAGAAGCUCUACGAGCUGAAGACGCGCAUCCAGAACGCGGUCGUCAACCGCGUCGUCGAGGAUUUCAUCGACGUCAACACUCCCCUCAAGCUGUUCACCGACGCCGUUCUCGCCCCUGAAGGAACUCCAAACCGGGAUGUAAACUUCCUGGACAGGGCACAGCAGCUGCGUCAGUUCAGCGACAGGGCGGCGCGAACUGCGAGAAUGGUGGCCGCCGGAGGAAGCGGUGGCAACAAGAAGCUGGCCGAGGCGCUCAUCUCGGCCGCCAACCAAAUGGAGAGUCUCACGCCGCAACUCGUGCACGCCGGACGCAUCAGGAUGAGCUACCCUGAGAACAAGGCCGCCGACGAGCACUUUGAAAAUUUGCGCGCGCAGUAUGCCGACUCGGUGUUGCGGGCGCGCGCCUUGUGCGACGAAGCCACCGACAGCGCAGAGUUCAUCCGGCUGUCCGAGGAGCAGAUGCAGAAGCACGCCAUUCUCUGCGAGGAGGCCAUCAGGAACAGGCAGCCGCAGAAGAUGGUGGACAACACCACCAUGGAGGCCCGCCUCGCCAACAGGGUGCUUGCGGUCGCCAAACAGGAGUCGGACAACUCCGAGGACCCGCUCUUCAUCGACCGGCUCAACCGCGCCUCCGAAAACUUGCAGGGCUGCGUGGCUCCACUCGUGAUGGCGGCCAAAUCGGUCGCGGUCAGCCCGGAUGACCACACUGCCAUUUCCAGGUGGAGAGAUGCUAACAAAGCUUUGCUGAAGUCCGUCGGCGAAGUGCGGCAGGCAGUGACCGUGACUCCUGAAGUGCCUCCGCCUCCAGACAUGAGUGCCCUGAGUUUGCACGCACAAAGGGACGCUGACCUUAACAAUAGAUUCAACGUUGACUUAAACAAAAUAUUUGCCUUCACCAAAGAGUACAUGUCCCCCGUGCAGCAGGAAGAGCGCGCUCCGCCCAGACCACCGUUGCCUGGCGGCGAACUGCCGCCCCCAAGACCACCCCCGCCCGAGACGGACGACGAGGACGACAUGUUCAUGCACGCCCCGCAACCCAACCAACCCAUCAUGAUGGCUGCCCACGGUCUGCACCAAGAGGUGCGUCAGUGGUCGAGCAAGGACAACGAGAUCAUCGCCGCGGCCAAGAAAAUGGCGCUGCUGAUGGGCCGGCUGUCGCAGCUGGUGCGCGGCGACCACGGUGGCUCCAAGAGAGACCUGAUCGCAUGCGCCAAGGCCAUCGCCGAGGCCAGUGAGGAGGUCACCAGACUGGCCAAGGAGCUUGCCAGGGACUGCACCGACAAGAGGAUGCGCACCAACCUGUUGCAAGUGUGCGAGAGAAUCCCGACCAUCGGAACUCAGCUCAAAAUUCUGUCGACCGUCAAAGCCACGAUGCUGGGUGCACAAGGUGAUCUCAUUGGAUGCAGUAAGUAAAUUACCAGCAGCUGGGCAAAUCACACCAAAGUGGCCCUCGCUCAAUUCCUACUAAGUUUAACAAACCCAGGCAGCUCCUGACUCUUGAUUAAAACCAAAGGAGCGCCAAUAAUGUGGUUUAAAGAAGAAGGGAAAUGAUUCGGUCACUCUCCGACGCUCUGAAACCAUUGGAGCCGAAUCUAGGGUCGCCAGCCGACUGCCAAUUAAUAGGCAAUUUUGGAAAUAGAGAAAUUAAAUUUUAAAGAGUAAAGUCAAAUGAUUUUUAGCAAUUUACGUUGUGAUUUUGAGUAGAGAAGUGCUGUUUACAGCUGUGCCCGUGCGCACCUCACCUGCUCCACCUUGUAGCUUUCUUCCCAUCAAAAAGGGGCACUUUUUGAACGCGAAUUUCUCGGAUUGAGACGCGGAUGGCUUCAGUAAUUUUGACACAGAGCCGCUAACGAAAGCUCAUUUUACACAGAGAAAGAUAAGACCAAAAUGAUUCACUCGGGAAGAGCUGGACCUUUCUAAUAUUUAAUGUGAUUUAACCGGUUUUUGGCUAUUAAAUUAAAAAAUUUAACUGUCAGAUGGUCUAGAAAAAUUUACUUCUUGACUUUUGGUGGCUGGCAACCCUGGAAUCUAGAGCGUCGGCCCUUAUUGCCUCGCCCAUCGAGCAGGUUGUCCCUUAUUCGCGGCAUGCCUGGCUCCCUCAGCUGCAUUGUGGUGCAUGCUUGUCUUAUUCCCACCGAACGCUGCGACGCCGGAGCCUCUCACUGAACGCGGCCGUUUUUCU